AGCUGGAUGGGACACGAACUGGUGCCCACAUGGGAUCCCAGGAGCGGAGUGGGAAGAUGUCCAUUUCCCACCCGUGGAGCCCCUGAGGCUGGGCUGGCAGACAGCUGCCCUUGCCCCCCACCCCUGCCCCUCUGAGGGAGCCCUAAGUACUGGCCCAGCAGGAGGAGACGCUCGGGUUCCAAUAAAGCUGUAUUGAUAAGCAGGAGGGCUGGUCUGGCGACAGAUCCCUGGUCUCUGCAGGAGGGACCUGAACGAGAACUACUCAGCCUUGGGGACUUCCUCCAGUCCUCUGUCCCCGCAAAGCACUGGGGCCCGGGGCCCUGUGAGCCCCCCUGGCUUCCCUGUCACUCCCAGGGCCGUGAAUAAAGCCAGCCCUCUUCCCACCAGGGCGGUGCCAGAGCUGCUGGGCCCUGUCACCUGGGUGCGAGGCAGGUCCACGUGUGUGGGCUGAGGCGUCUCAUGUGUGGGUGUGGGUUUGUGUCAUGUGGACUGAGGUGGCUCACGUGUGUGUCAUGUGGGCUGAGGCAGUUCACGUGUGUGUCAUGUGGGCUGAGGCAGUUCACGUGUGUGUGUAGGUUGAGGUGGUUCACGUGUGUGUUGUGGGCUGAGGCGGUUCACGUGUGUGUGUAUGGGUAUAUGACAUGGAGUGAGCCAGCUCUUGUUGGAGUUGUAUAUGUGUCUUAUGGAGCCCAGGUCAUGAUCCUGAGUGGUCUGCGUGCCCCGUGCAGCCACAGGUGGGCCUGCAGAUGUCAGGUCUGGUACUGUCCCCGCUGGGGUGUCUGCCACAGGUGUCGGGUUCCCAGGUGUCCUGGGUGAAAUCCUGCUUGGGGUCACAGCAGGGUCUGUGUCCGAGUUCAGGUGUGGCUUUGGGGAGUGUGAGGCCUUCAAAGUAGGUGCCCACUGGCCUCUGGCCCACGCGUGGCUGCCGUGAGGUAUACAUGGCUUCCUGAGGCGCAGAGCUCAUCCUGGGGCCCGUGGCGGGGAUCAGGCAGCUGUGGGUGUAGGGUGCAGGGGGCCUGCUACCUGGUGCUCAGGGUCGCCUGCUGGGUCCCCACGGGCCCUGCUGCAAGCGGGACAGGGGCCAUGCUGUCCUGCUGGCUGCGCCUCGGGACUUUACCUUGGCUGGCCUCGGGUGCGGCUGCCAGGGUGACACUCUAGCCCCUUGUGGGCCCACUUUCUGUCCCGCCAUCUCGGGGCACCUGAGAGGGCCUCACCCCAACCUCGGGUGUCCUCUCAGGCUGUGGACAGGUCUCCGACCACUGUGUCCGCAUUAGUACCUGAGGUCUCACGUGAGAGUGUGUCCCUGGCGGGGUACCCAGUGGCUCCUCAGCGUCCUUCUCCUUGCUGGAUCCCUGACCCCAGGACAGGUUUAGGCCCCGAUGGCUUGGGGUGUACGCCCGUGGCACAGCGUGUGCCCGUCCGUUUGCGUGCAGGUGGCCGGGGAGUACGGGAUGGUGCGCGUGGUGUCGGAGACAGAGGUGCUGCAGGGCAAGGAUUACUGCGUCCUCUACAAUCCGCAGUGGGCACCGCUGCCCCAUGACCUCAGCAAGGCGUCCCUCCUGCGGCUGCACGACUGGACCAGCUCGCUGCUCUGCUCGCCUGCAGACCUGCCAGCUGAUGGCUUCAGCAACCAGCUCGCCCUGGUGGCCCGCGGGAACUGCACCUUCUAUGAGAAAGUGAGGCUGGCCCAGGGCAGCGGGGCGCAAGGCCUGCUCAUCGUGAGCCGGGAGAAGCUGGUGCCCCCUGGUGGCAACAAGACACAAUACGAAGAGAUUGGCAUCCCCGUGGCCCUGCUCAGUCACAGGGACGUGCUGGACAUUUUCCGGCGCUUUGGGCACGCCGCGAGGGCGGCGCUCUACGCCCCCAAGGAGCCCGUGCUGGACUACAACCUGGUCAUCAUCUUCAUCAUGGCUGUAGGCACCGUUGCCCUCGGGGGCUACUGGGCAGGGAGUCGGGACGUGAAGAGAAGGUAUCUGAAGCAGAAGCGUGAUGAGGGGCUGGACAAGCAGGAGGACACGGUGGUGGACGUGACGCCAGUCAUGAUCUGCGUGUUCGUGGUCACGUGCUGCACCAUGCUGGUGCUGCUCUACUACUUCUACGACCAGCUGGUGUACGUCGUCAUUGGCAUCUUCUGCCUGGCCUCCUCCACUGGGCUCUACAGCUGCCUGGCACCCCUCGUGCGGAGGCUGCCCUGCUGCACGUGCAGGGUCCCCGACAACAGCCUCCCAUACCUGCGCAAGCGCCCGCAGGCCCGCAUGCUGCUACUGGCCGCGUUCUGUGUGUCCGUCAGCGUGGUGUGGGGCAUCUUCCGCAACGAGGACCAGUGGGCCUGGGUGCUGCAGGACGCCCUGGGCAUCGCCUUCUGCCUGUACAUGCUGAGGACCAUCCGCCUGCACACGUUCAAGUCUUGCACGCUCCUGUUGCUCGUGCUCUUCCUCUACGACGUCUUCUUUGUCUUCAUCACACCCUUCCUGACCAAGAGUGGGAACAGCAUUAUGGUAGAAGUGGCUACGGGACCCACAGACUCAGCCACCCACGAGAAGCUGCCCAUGGUCCUGAAGGUGCCCCGGCUGAACUCCUCGCCGCUGGCCUUGUGUGACCGGCCCUUCUCUCUCCUGGGUUUCGGAGACAUCCUGGUGCCAGGGCUGCUGGUCGCUUACUGUCACAGGUUCGACAUCCAGGUGCAGUCGUCGCGCGUCUACUUUGUGGCAUGCACCAUCGCCUACGGCGUGGGCCUUCUGGUGACGUUCGUGGCGCUGGCACUAAUGCGGCGGGGCCAGCCCGCCCUGCUCUACCUCGUGCCCUGCACGCUGGGGACGAGCUGCGUCCUGGCGCUGUGGCGCCGCGAGCUGGGUGCCUUCUGGACUGGCAGCGGCUUUGCGAAGGAUCUACCUCAGACUCCAUGGGCCCCCAGCCCCGCCGAGAGUCCCCAGCCACGCAAGGACCCGGAUGGCCCCACCUCCCCUCUGCCUCCACGGGAAGACCCCGACGGCCUUGCCCUGCCCACCUCGCAGCCUGAGGAGCCUGGGGCAGGGAGCCCUGCCCAGGAGCCCGACUGUGCCCCCACCUGCAGCCCCAGCCCCUCCACAGCUGGGGACCAGGCGCCGACCAGCCCCACAGCCCUCUCCAGCACCUCGGCCUAGAGCGGCCGGCCACGCUGAGAAGGAGGAGUCCUGACACCCCAACCAUCCCCUGGACCAAGACCUGCGCCGGGCCGCCCCCUCCCCACAUGGUGCUCACGACCCUGGCCAGGUCCCAGGCUCCAGCUCCGCCGUUCCUGCCCCCUCCCCCUCCCCUGCAGCCGCUCCUGGCUCCUGCUGGGUCAAAGCCCCUGGCACAGCUGGCACAGCUGACUCCGCCAGGCCACCCUCUCCUGGCCCUUGGCACCAGGCCCCGGGGCUAGCUGCCUCCCUGAGGCACCUGCAAGCCAGAGCUGGAGGGGCUGUGGAGCUGAUCCCCUUCAGCUAGCUGCACUGCUGGACCCAGGGCUGGGAGGCCCAAGGGUGCCAGCUGCCUCCCUUGGUUGGGGAGGGUUGCAGACAAAGCCAGGCUGAGCCCUGGGGCCUAGGAAUGCCAGCCGCCACCCAGGUUUAAUAAAACCAUCAUGGCGAAAACUGGUGAUGUAGGUUCCAUCCACUCGGUCCUGCCUGCAGUGUGGAGGGACCCCGGCCCCGCCUUCACCCCACACCUGCCAUCCGCAUGGCUUGUCCUUGCUGCCUGCCGCCCUGCUGCCCCACCCGCAGGCUGCGUGGCCCUGGCCACGGCCCAGGAGUUCCUGGGUGCCUGGCGGGCAUCGACCCCUCUACCUCACUGGCAGCCCUCGGGGCCCAGGAGACGGAAACUGCAGUGGAGCUGACAGGUGCAGCAGUCCCCUCCGUCAUUCACGGCUGCCAAGGUCAAGGUGAGAGACAUUUCCAUACACCCCCCUGUCCGUCUACGUGGGCUGCUCACCAGGAAACAGCAGCCCCAGACACCUGGAAGAACUGUCCUGUCCUCCAGCCCCAGGCGGCCGCCCCGUGGAUGCCAGGAUGAGAGACUGCGCCUUAAUCCAAGCCAUUUUCUACACCCGUGGGAGAGCAGGGGUUCCCGUGUAGGUGUGGGGACUUUGCCCCUCACCGGGCAUUUGUAUGUUUGCCUCUGUUAGAUCUGACAAUUAAACGCAG